UCACUAGUCGGGGUUUAAUGGGGUGUUAUUUGUUCUUAUUUUUAAUUCCCACAGAUUUGAGAGUGCGUCUUAAAGAAUAUUGCCUCAAUUUAUUUCAUAGUUGUGUUGGCGAAAUGAACACUAUGAUUAUUUUUCAGAAUUAUGAGGAUAUUCUAAAGAAGAACCAGUACUAUUUACAGGACAAAGGAAAACUAAAAGAUUUUCUUGAUGGGUUAGUUCGCUGUUUGAUGCUCCUCCACUGGAAUAAAGGAGAAACUGGUUUGCAUAAUAAGGAUGAUAGGGGACGAAGGGUACUGCAUGCUUAUGAAGAUCAUAAGUCUAUGAGCUAUAAUAAUGAUUUUUCUCAUAUCAUACAGAAACUGAAGGUUCUAGUGUCAUUGUUAAUAAAUGUUUUCACGGAAUUUAUUCGAUCAGUUAAUGCUUUGGCAAGUCUUGAAGGGAAGUCCUUUGGUUGUCUGGCAUUCAUUCUUCACAGCAUAGAUCUUAUAGUGAGGUCAUUUGUGUAUUGGACUCAUAAGAAGUCAAAAUUCCCCAUUUUUCAAGCUGAACCCGAUGUGGAUGUAUGGGAUGUUACUAUUUCUUCUGUAUUCUUGAAGAAAUUAAAUCCUCUUUUUCCUCUCAAUCCAGUGCAUCAUCUCUCGGAAAAGGAUUAUGAUAGGUUUCUUCACUUGAACAUGGUCAUUGCAAAAAUAUUUUUUGAAUUAAAUGAAUGGAUUUGUCUUCCUCCUGAUUUGAUGGAGAAAUUUCUAGAAUUCAUUGAAAAUGCUCUCCUUGGGAAGCUCUGCAUGGCUAAACAAUGUGGUACUGCUGUUUGGGAAAAGCGUCUAGUUCAGCUCCUUCCUUUCAUUCCAAAUUUUGUUUUUCAUGGGGAAACCAAUUGGACAUCUCGUCUUCUUAAGGCAUUUACCCACACAUUCAGGGAAAGCAAGCCAGAUUCCUCAUUGAAAUUGGCCUGUGUUUCUGCAAUUGAAGAUAUGCUAAAGCGUUACAUCUCUAUUGUAAAUUCUAGAAUUAUAUAGAAUUAUUUUUAUUAU